AUGGAUGACAAGGGAAAGAACAAAGCCCACUGCUUAAUCAUGCCGUACCCAACCCAAGGCCACGUGAACCCCAUGCUCCAAUUCGCAAAGCGGUUAACCCAAAAGGGCAUCCGGGUCACCCUUGCACUCACCAAAUUCCUCCUAUCAAAAUCCACAAACGAGCACUCCUUCGGGCCCAUCUCGGCCCGGGAAAUCUCCGACGGCUUCGACUCCGGUGGCCGGGCCGAGGCAAAGAGCUCGGAGGAGUACCAGGCACGGUUCGAACGUGUGGGACGGGAAACGCUGACAUGUCUAUUGCUGGAUCUGGCUGGUGCGGGCCGACCCGUGGACUGCGUGGUGUACGACUCGUUCAUCCCGUGGGCCCUGGACGUGGCCAAGGGGCUGGGGCUGUCGGGGGCGGCCUUUUUCACACAGUCGUGCACUGUGGACGCUAUUUACUACAUGGUGUAUAAGGGGGAGUUGAAGCUGCCUGUUGAUGGAGAGGCGGCGGUCGUGGUGGCUCCCGGGUUGCCGGAGAUGAGGUCGGAGGAUCUGCCGUCUUUUGUGUACGACUGCCGGUCGUAUCGGGGGACCUUUAGUUUGUUGCUGAACCAGUUUCGGGGUGUGGAGAAGGCGGAGUGGAUAUUCAUCAACACUUUUGACCAGUUGGAAAAAGAGGUAAGUUAA